AUGGAAUACCAAAAGUCUUCACAGUUCGACUAUGUGCACAGCAUAAAUUCUGUGAAUUCGCAGUUGCAAGAUUUUAGCAUGUCUUCAUCAAUUGGAAGCCCACAUCCUAUGAGUGGGUCGUCAACACCAUUAUCUGGCGUACCGCAUCUUCAUCGUUCCACAUCUCUUAUGGACACUUUAGGAAUUCAAAGAACCCAUUCGCCUUUUGAAAGUGCUGCUUCAAUGAAAUGGAGUUCAGGACCAAAUUCUAACCCCACGAUGAGCCAUGGAAUUCCUGUUGGUGGAAGUGCUGAUAUUGGGAUACCGGCACCCCCAGGUCUCACAUUGAAUGCAAAACAGAUUUCUUGGAAGUAUCUAGAUCAGACUCAUCAAGUUCAGGGUCCCUUUGAUUCGCAGUUGAUGGACCAAUGGUACAAUAGUGGGUUUUUCAAUGAGAGUUUGCAAUUGAUGCCCAUACAGAGUCUUGAUCCCUUUCAAUUCUCGAAUCGAUUCAUUGCUUUCGCAGAGUUACUUAGAAAGACUGGAACAGUUAAUCCAUUUCAUACAUUCGAUAUGAUCUGUUCGAACGCCAAUCCAAACAUAAAUCAAGUUAACAACAUUAAUCAAACUUCAUUUUUUGGUUCAGCCUUACCAACUUCAAAUCAACCUGUUAUGGGACUUCACCAACAAUUUGAUGUACCAUUAUUCGAUACCACGCCAACUUUGCAGAAUAUGCAAUAUACCGGCUCACAAUUGAAUAUUGAAAAUCCUGUGGAAUUGAGGGAGAACUUCCAAUCUCCUGAUUUGUCUCAUUCAGAGAUUUUGCAAUUGAAGAGUGAGGAUGGAUCCUAUUACCAUGAUACCGUAGUUACUGUUCCGUAUUCUAAAAACAUCCAAGUUGUAGACAGUUUUAAUCAGCCAAAGUCUGGUUUAGAGAGCGACAAAAAACGUACGAUUAUUCAGCCCCCUAUCAAAUCUUCAACUGAGUCCAAGACUUCAGAGCAAAAGAAGGAACCUGUUGAGCCACCUAGUGAGAAACCAAAAUCGGAAGUUAACUCAACUGACUUUGUUAAGAAUAUCUCAGAGGAUAAAAAACAGGAAACCUUUACUCCGGCAGAAGAAUCUAUCCCAAAUAAUCAAACCAAAAAAGACAAGUCAUUUAAUGAUGAAAUCAUCCAGCAAUUGAUUAUACAGGAAGAACUUGAACGUAAAAAGAAGGAAGAAAAGAAGAAGAAGAAGGAACAACAACAACAACAACAACAACAACAACAACAGAAACAAAGUAAAUCGGAUAGUCUGUCUACCAAAUCUAAAGAUUCAUUUUCAAAUGAUCAAAAUCAUUCAGAAGCACAUAGUAACGAACAUGAUAUUUCGUCGCCAUGGAGUGCACCUGUAAAGCCUGCUGUCCAAACAAUUAACUUAUCUGAUAUUCAGAAGCGUGACGCGGAAGAGAAGAGAAGAAGGGAACAAGAACGAGAAAAAAGGGAAAGGGAAGCGGCAUUGAAAUUACAACAAGCUCUAUUGGAAGAAGAAAAGAAGAACAAGAUUAAUGUAUCCUCUGUAGCUUCUUGGGCAAACCAAAACAAAUUGCCAUUAAAGGUAACAACAACACCAUUAUCAACAUCAAAACCUCAACAGACACAAGAAACAUCAGUUGAGAAGAUAAAGUAUAUCGAAGAACAGAGAAAGAUCUUAGAAGAUAUUCAAAAAUCUCAAUCCCAAGGCAAACCGGAAGUAUCAGGUUCACUUGGCGGUUGGUCAAGUAUAGCAAAGAAAAAGGCUCUCAAUGAGCCCAUACAAUCUAAUAAGCAAGUCUCUAACUCAUUCUUGAAUCCUGGAAAUACUAAUUCUAAAAAGAAGAUUUUGCAUGGGUCCACAAUCUCAAUCCCUACUCUGAAGAAGGGAAAUUCUACGACGCCUACUAUAGCUUAUUCUGGAAAUCAGUCUACUUCUGCUAGAAAACAGUUUUUGAGCUGGUGUAGAUCUCAAAUGAAACUUUCUCCUGGAGUUAAAGUGGACUCUGUUUUGGAAAUGUUAUUAUCCUUACCACCAACAAUGGAUUCGAAGGAGAUAAUAUCUGAUACCAUAUAUGCUAAUAGUUCUGUGAUGGAAGGCCGUUCUUUUGCAUCUGAAUUUAUCAAGAGACGUAUUGAGUGUGAAAAAUCUUUAAAUGACCCACUAACGUGGUCAGAAGCUUUGAGUCUACCUCAGGGAGAUUCCGACGACUGGGAGUUCCAGGUUGUGAGCAAGAAGAAAGGUAAAAAAUUCUAA